CAGAAAAGCGUGUAUGUGAGGAAGGAGUUUCCUGGCUGGACACGUGCGAAGGAUAAAACACACAUCCUAAAUGAAACAGUCUGACUUUUUAAUAUGGAGAAAAAACAAGUUUUAAAACGUUUAUACGUUGGAGGACUUGGCCAUACAGUUUCUGAGGCUGAACUGCAGGAAAGAUUCAGCAAGUUUGGAAAUGUUACAGAUGCGGAAAUUGUUAUCAGGAAAGAUGACCAGGGGAACCCUAUGAAAACUUUUGCUUAUAUCAACAUUAGCAUUUCUGAAGCAGAUCUUAAAAGAUGUAUGUCCAUUUUAAAUAAAGCAAGGUGGAAAGGUGGAACGCUACAAAUUGAAUUGGCCAAAGAAAGCUUUUUGCACAGAUUGGCACAGGAGAGACAAGAAGCAAGGUUGAAGAAGGAAAAGCCACAUACGGAUGGCAAGGGAAAUCUGUUGGAAUCACUGAAUAAUGCUGGAGUUGUGAAUUUUCAUAUGAAAGCAGUGCCAGGAACAGAAGUACCGGAUCAUAAGGAUUGGGUCGUUAGUAAAUUUGGCAGAGUUUUACCCAUCCUUCACCUUAAGGGUCGACACAAAAGCAAAAUAAUGAAAUAUGAUCCGUCAAAAUAUUGCCACAACCUUAGAAAGCUGGAGCAAGACUUGACUGACACAGUUCCCAUAUCCAAGCUCACUUGGCAGUUGGAAGGUGGAGAUGACAGCAUGAGCAAGAAACGACGAGGAGAGUUCCCUGAAACGAAAAAAACACCUAAAAAAAUGAGGAUACAGAGUAGUGAAGAUUUAAAUAAAACACCAGGUUGCCACUUGCAAUCAAAAAAAGCAAACUUAACACAAACAAAAUUAGUCCAAAUGUCAAACUCCAAAUCAACUGGUCUGUCUAAAUUACUUCAGACUCCUAGUGUUAAUAGUAUUGACAUGAAAGGGAAAGACUUAUUUCUGGAUAAGAACCUGGCAUCUGGUGUUAAGCCUAACAGGAAUACAAACAGCAUUUCAGACACUGAUAUUGAUUCUGAAGAAGAAAUCAAGGCAAUGAUGGAGAAAGAAAAGGAAAUACAGAAAGCUAAAACAAAUGUUGAAUCUGAAAGUGAUCAUUUGGAAGUUGUGGGGGAUAAUUUUGAGCUAAAAUACAACACUCACUGGUCUUUAACCAAUCCAAAUAUUAUGAAGAAACUGAGUAAGGGAGGUAACAGACAAGGAAAGACUAUUGAAAAUGACACGGAUUAUGAUUCAGCAGAUACAGAUGAAAUUAUUGCUGUGACUAAAACUCCAGAUAAAAACAGUGUGAAAACUAAAAUUCUAAAAGAUUCUGAGGUUGUGAAAAUGCAAAGGAAGGAUAAUGUUAGGAAUGAAACUUUCAAAAACAACAAAAGCUUUGAUUCUGCAAAUGGUUCCUUUGUGUUGUCACCAGAUAAGUUAAGAGAAAAAAAUAACAAAAAAGCAGUGCAUAACAAAACAGCAAAACCCCGGGCGUCUGAACUACAGGACAACAGAGUUGACAGCAAGUCUGGGUCUACUAGUUUUGAUUCAGAGCCUGAAGCAAGUGAAUCUGAAGCUGAUUCUAAUUAUGAAGACAUGAUGCAAAACUGUUACCGCCUAGAUCUUACGUUACCUGAGUUAGAAGCAUUAGCCACUGCAAGUAUUGAAUCUUCACAAGGAGAUAUAGAAGCUAAGCAGAGGGAUAGUCAGUGCAAAAUUGAAGGUAAUAUUAGUAACACCAAGUAUAGUAAAAAGACUUAUGAAAUUGCCUCUACAACUAAAACAUCUAUUAAUCCUGAAGAUAUAGUUGCUGCCAUUUUAGAGGGAGAGGAGAGUGCUGAUGAUGAGAAGCCAAUGGAAAAUACCUCCAGUUUGAAAUUUCAGCCUUUCAGAGGAAUAGGAUCAUUAUAUGAAAAUGAGAAUUUUGAGGAGAUGAGCAAGGAAGGUUCUUGCAGCUGUAAAAGGAAAUAUAACCAGAAUUCCUCAAGCCUUGUUGAUUUGAAAAAGAAAUCUUUAGAAGAGGUUUCAAAACCAAACUGUUCUUGUUAUGAGAAACACUCAGCUCCCAGACAGUCUGGUUGUUCCCUAUUAUGUUCACUUGAAGACAGAAGUGUGAAAAAGAAGCAAAAUACUCUCAGCAACCAACUCAAGAAGGUGUCAGAUUCCCAAUACGCAGAAGGUGGAAGUGAAAAGCCUAUUUGGAAACCACCUUCAUUACGAGAGAAUAACUACUUGAAUUCUCAUGCAGAAGAUCAAACAGAAAACAGAGGAGACCAUGAGGACUGCACCACAACUAGUAUGAGUGGAAGUGAGGAGGAAAGCACUGACACAGAUAGUGUUUUAUCUGUUGCACAGAAACACAUUAAAUGUGAAUUGGAAAGCCCAGAAUCUCUUCCUGAGAAACCAAAGAAGGAUGCAAACAGUAAAGGUUCAGCCUCUAAAUUUCAGAAAAGUGAGAACCAUAAGAAAAGUCUUCACAAAAGUAAAGAAGAGUUUUGCAUUCCUACUGCUAUCUCAAGUGAGCCAGAUGAAAAGGAGAAACAACUGCAGGAUAAUCAGAAGAGGCUGGCAGCUCUACAAGAGAGACAGAAAGAGAGAGAAUUACAGAAGAAACUUAUUCAAGGGGCUCUUCUGAACCUGGAAAGCCAGUCAGCAAGCAAACAUAAGCACAUUGUAUUUGAUUCAGAUGGAGAAAGUGAAGCUGAAGUAGAAGAGAAGUCUCAGGAAGAAGCGACUAUAGGAAAUCUGCCUGGAAAAGAAUUUACUAGUAAAAUUUCUGGGAAGUUGUUUGAGAGCAGUGACGAUGAGCAAGAUGCUGCAGGUGAAGAUGACAGAUUCCAAAUCAAACCCCAGUUUGAAGGCAAAGCUGGUGAGAAGCUCAUGCAUUUACAAUCACGCUUUGGCACAGAUGAAAGAUUUCGUAUGGAUGCUCGGUUCCUUGAAAGUGGCAGUGAAGAGGAAGAAGAGGCAAAGAAAAUGGAGACCGAUGAGGAAGGAGAACUUGCUGCUGAGAAAAAGAAAAACCUGGAGAUAUUGGGAAGUCUCUUGGAGAUCAACCUAGAACAUCCUAAAUCAAUCAAACUGGCAAGAAAUACCAAAAAAUUCAAAGAUAUUAAUACCUUACGCUAUGACCCCACAAGGCAAGACCAUGUAGUUUUUGAAAGGAAAACAGAUACUACAGAAAAAGAGAGUAAAGCUAAAAGAAAGAAGAAAAGGGAGGAGGCAGAGAAAUUGCCUGAAGUAUCUAAAGAAAUAUACUAUGAUGUUGCUGUGGAUUUAAAAGAGGUAUUUAGAUCAACAAAAUGUGCAGCUGAAAAAAGUGAAAUAAUACCCUGGGACAAACAUGAUGCUGUGGAAGAAUCAACUCUGGCUGACCAGCAUAUAUUAAGACUUAAUGUUGGGGGCAAUGUAGAAGAAAAAUCUAGUGGCUUCACGUUUUCCUUUUUUGGUGAUGAUGUGAACAAGUCAGCUGUGAAAGAAGAGCCCUACGUAAUUGAAACAAUAAGACCUGCAAGAGUAGCAUGGCAAGAGGAUCCUCGUUUCCAGGACAGCAGCUCAGAGGAAGAUGAUGAGCCAGAAGCCUCUGAAAGUGAAAAUUGCAAAGAAAUGUCUCAAUCUUUACCACAGAUGAAGACGAGUAGAUUUUUCUUCUUUUCCAAAGAUGAUGAAAGAUUAAGAGAUGGUCCUAAGCUAUUCUGCAGAUCAUCAAACCUCAAUGAAGAAAAAGAUAAUUGGGAAAAUAGACGUAGAUUGUUACUUGAGGAAUGCCGGAAGAAACAUAAGGAUGCAAGAAGAAAAGUUAAAGCAAAACAAUAAGUUUGACAGUGCUAGCCAGCAAUGUUUGUUGAUAAAUGUGUAUUGAAUUACAACAAAAUGAAAAUGUCUGGCUUCAGACUUGUGGUCUUUCAAAGCUUUAACAGGGAAAAAUAUUGCAGCUGAACUGAAAAUAAACUGUUAGAAACUUUUCAAGUUUUGAACAGCUGUUGAGAUAACAGGUCUGUAAAUGUGGCCAUUUUUAUCUGUACAGUUGCACUUUUAUUGUUAUGUGGGGAUAUCUGUUAAUUCAAAAUAUAUCUCUGUGUGUGUGUGUAGAUAUAUAUAUAUAUAUAUAUAUAUAUAUAUAUAUAUAUAUAUAUAUAUAUAUAUAAAAAAUCUCUUUUUUGAAAAUUGGUUCAAGUGUAAUGUUGCUGCUUUAUCGGAUACUCUUAAUGUUCAGUGAAAUGUAGUUUGUAUUUGGCUAUAUCUUUUAUGUUCUCUGGGUCCAGUCCUGCAAGAGGCUGAGAAUCUACAGCUGUGAUUGAAAUGGAUGGGAGUUAAAAGCAUUCAGCUCCUAACACAGAGGUGGUCAGCAACUUGUGGGAUUGGCAUUCUGAGUUUAGCAGGAUACAGAGCCUUUAAGAUUAUUUUUUUUGCUAACAUUCAAAAUAUUUACUGUAAAUACCAAAGUAAAAAAUUGUACAGGAAGUUCAUGAAAAUGUGUAAGUAACUGGAAAGGUUUAUAAAAUAUGUACGGACUUCUAAUCCUUUGCACAAAACCUGCCUUUCCAUUUUUAAAAUAAGUCUUACAGAUUAAUAAACC